UAUCAUAUAUUACCUUUAAAACAAAACAAGAAAACGAAAAUAGACCGAUAAAACAUCAACUCAGCAUUCAGCAAGGUAAAAUAAAAUUAUAGCCACCACUCAGCAGCGUAAGUCUGCAGCUGCUGUGACAUAAUUUUCGAUGGCGAAUUCUUCUGCUGUCAAACAUAUUUCAGAAUGUUUCAUCAAGCCGAAACUCGUUGACAGUAUUUCUAAACAGCCUUACUAUGUAUCCCCUGGUGAUCUAGCCAUGCUCUCAGCUCAUUACAUACAGAAGGGUCUUCUGUUCACCAAACCUUCAGUAACAGAUGAAGAAUUCGACAUAGAAACCUUCCUAGAAAAGCUUAAGGAUUCUCUUUCUCGCACUCUCGUUUAUUUCUAUCCAUUUGCAGGCCAGCUUGCUACACAGAUAGAUGAAGAUCAGCAUACUAGCUUGAUCUCCAUCGAUUGUGAGAAGGGUUCUGGAGCUAGAUUUAUUCAUGCUACUUUAGAUAUGACCAUUGAGGAUAUUCUGUCUCCUACAGAUGUUCCUGAGGUAGUAAAAUCGUUCUUUGAUCACCAUAAGGCUGUCAAUCAUGAUGGGCAUACUAGGCCGUUGUUAUCAGUUCAGGUAACAGAGCUUGUUGAUGGAAUUUUCAUUGGUUGUUCAAUGAAUCAUGUGGUAGCAGAUGGAACUUCUUACUGGAAUUUCUGGAACAUAUGGUCAGAGAUACAUAGGCAACAUAGUCCUAUCUCAGAGUCGAAGCUACCCAUUCAUAAACGGUGGUUUCCUGAAGGACAUGGUCCGCGGAUUACCAUUCCCUUUACCCACCCCGAUGAGUACAUAAGCAGAUAUGAAGCACCUCCACUAAGAGAGAAAAUGUUCCAUUUUUCAUCCGAGUCAACAUCAAAGCUCAAAGCAAAGGCAAAUAUGCAGGUCAAGGAAACCAAUAAAGAAAUUUCGUCAUUACAAGCAUUAUCUGCACUUGUCUGGAGGUCUAUUACAAGGGCACGCCAUUUAGGAGGUGAUCAAAAGACUCUCUGCUCCAUGGAUGCUAACCUUAGGCAGAGGUUAGAUCCUCCCUUGCCUCAGAGUUAUUUUGGGAAUUCAAUUUGGGUGGCUAAAGCUGCUGCGACAGCUGAUGAAGUGCUUGAACAUAGUUUAGGAUGGACAGCGGAAGUACUGCAGAAAGCAGUAUUAGAGCUGACGGACAAAAGGGUGCAAAGUGUGUUCAACGCAUGGAUGAAGUCUCCAUUUGUGUAUCAGAUAGGUACAUUUUUCGAGCCAAAUAGCAUUGUGAUCGGAAGCUCUCCGAGAUUUGAUAUGUAUGGGAAUGACUUUGGAAUAGGUAAGCCAGUGGCAGCCCGUAGUGGCAAUGCUAACAAGUUUCCCGGAAAAGUGACAGCAUAUCCAGGAAGUGAUGGGGAAAGAAGCAUAGAUUUGGAAAUAUGUCUACCACCUGAUGUAAUGAGCUCUCUUGAAUCAGACAAGGAGUUCAUAGCUCUUGCCACCAGAAGCUAAUACAUAAUUUCAUAAGCAUUUCAGUGUAGGCUUUUUCUCUUUUAUUUUGAGUGUGGGUGUUAAAUUGAGGUUUGGCGACCAAACUUGUAGCAUCCUUUGCUAUGAGAAUAAUAAAGAUGUGAUCAAUCUA